UAGUGUGUAUAAAUUGAGGUUAAUGUAAAAUAAACUCACACUUCAGUGAUAUGCAUACUAUCUGAUAUAUUUGAGAUAAAAUAUUCAUUGAACAAUAAUGAGUUUAUUUUAAAUUUACAUGAUAUAGAUGUGACGGAGAUCAAACUAGUUGUACAUGGACUUUUAAACGGAUAACACUAGUUUUACUUGAUGUUUUUAGUUUUUAGACCAACCACUAGUUUUUAACCUUUGAGUUAUCAAAAGUGUGCAUAUUCUUUCUACAAGAUGAGUCUUCGAGAUUUCAAAUAUGAGGGUGGUGAUUUCGUCAUCACAGAUGAAAUGAAAAACGCUUAUAAGGAAGAUGGCUACAUACUCGUCAGAGGUCUGUUUUCAACAGAAGAGGUGGCACACAUUGAGAAAGCAAUUAUCGAAGGACCAAUUCUAAACCACUCAUACGGGGUAGAUGACGGAGAAGGGAAGAAAGCACACAUGGUCCUCUGGAAUCACCCCGGAAAUGACGUCACUGGAAUGGUUGGUAGGUGUGAGAAAGUAGCCGGGAGUUGCGAAAAGCUGCUCGGUGGGGAGGUCUACCAUUACCAUACAAAGCUAAUGAAGAAGCCUGCGAAAGUUGGCGGCAAACACAUCUGGCACCAGGACUAUGGGUAUUGGUACAACAACGGCUGCCUGUUUCCCGACAUGAUGACCGUAUUCAUCGCCAUCGACAACUGUACAAAGCAGAACAGCUGUUUGCAGGUGCUGAAAUCAUCGCACAAAUGUGGUCGUAUCGACCACGUGAGGGUUGGGAACCAAGUAGGAGCAGAUGUCUCCCGGGUUGAUGAGAUCAGCAAGGUCUGCCCACUACAGUUUGUGGAGAUGGUGGCGGGCGAUGCCCUUUUCUUCGACUGCAACUUGCUUCACUGCAGCAGCGCCAACAUGAGCGAAGCCCGGCGUUGGGCGUUCCUUUGUGCCUACAACAAGGCAGAUAAUAACCCUACCAAGGAGCAUCACCAUCCCAGAUAUACGCCCCUUCAGAAGGUCCCCGAUUCAGCUGUGGUGGAGUGUCAGGAGUUCAAAGAUAUGAGUGGAAAGUCCUUCAAUUCCAUCACAAAAGAGACAAAAUCUCUUGAAGAAGUCAAACAACAAGAGGUGUCUAGGUAAAGGACGGUGCGAUUCUUGAAUGCAAGGAGAUCCAUGAUAUGACAGAAAAGUGGUUCCACAAACUGGGAGAUGAAACCAAUUGUGAAAAGAGUAAAACUGAAGAGGAUAAAUAACUUUGAACUAUUGAAAUGUUUUGUUUCCUUUGCCAUAUGUACCCUUCGCCUUUGAUUCCUGUUCGUUUUAAAGAUGGACUUAAGCUUGUA